AUGGCCAUCCCAGACUGGUGCACGCCCGCGCCGCGCUCCAGCCUCAUCGGCGCCUUCAUCUUCGAAGCCCUCAACAUCCUGCGCCUCCUCGAGCUUCCCGAGCCCCGCCCCUCCGUCCUGCGCCUGCUCGUCUACUGCUUCAACAUCCUGUACGCCUUCCACCUCCUCAGCCUCGUGCGCGUCAGCUGGCCCUCCCUCGACGCCCCCGUCCUCCACCGCCGCGCCGCCAGCGUCGCCCUGUGGAUCACCACCCUCGCGCUCUCCGUCCUCUCCAUGGUCGCCGCGCUGGUCGCGAGCGACGGCGCGCUGGCCGCCGCCGCGUCUGUCGCGGUGUGGGCGCUGUGGGCGACGCUCGCGUUCAGGUAUGCGCGGCCGCCGGAGCAUAUCACCGGCGAGGAGGAGAGGGUGCUGUAUGUUUUCCAGAGGGGCCUGUACGUGUUCCCGCUGCUGCUCGGGAUCGGGUUCGCGGUUUCGUCGUGGGCGAGGGGGCGGGUGGAUACGGGGUUUGUGAAGAUGUGUGUGUGGCUCGCGGAGAACUGUGAGGUGUGCGGCUCGGAGUGGCUGAUGAAGCUGCUGGAGAGUGAUGAGCGGUAUAUGGGGUGUAGGUAUAGGACGGCGGAGUCUACUUUUUGGGGUUCGAGGACUGGUUAG